GAGCCCGUUGGACUGCUGCACUUUGGAUAAUGAAGGAAGUGACGAAUCCACAAGGACUAGGAGAGAGAGAAAAAAACUCCAGAGGAGAAAAACAGAAACUAAGAAUGAAGUCAGCGUGAAGCGCAGUGUACUGAAUGAACGCGAGCGUCAGUGGCACGAGUCGACAAGAGCUCAAGAAUCAAAGUUCCCUCAGUGAGAGGCGCGAGACGAGUGCUAACACCAGAUUGAUCCGUGUGUGACGCGGCUCACUGAAAUAUGUAUGUGCCAAACGUGAAAAGUCUCUAGACCUGUUUCUGAAGGACUUUAUGAAUUCAUUUGUAUAUCCAGCUUCCAAGAAAUACGUAUGAAGAUAUGUGAAAGUGGAGCGGCUGUGAUGUUUUGAGGAGAUAGCGGAGUCUGUCUGAAGACUUGUGGAAUGAGUCGAACCGCAUCAGCGACUGUAAUUCCUGUGGAUUCUCCUUCUGAGCCCGGAGUUUGACUUUUAGGAUUAUCUGGCAUGUGUGCGAGGUGGAUUUCACCGGGUUCAGUUCUGUUUACUGUGUUGGUUUUGCUGCUCAAUGUGACAGUAACUCUCGGGUCUGCUUCUGAGCUGAAGGUGAAGGUUCGUUUGGCCGAUGGACAGAUCACAGAUGAACUUCUGGAGGCGGACAGUGAAAAAGACUCCAUCACUGUGGAGUUUAAACAAGGAGAUGGCACUCUUAUAACUUUUGUGGCCGAUUUCAAACAGGAUGUGAAGAUCUUCCGGGCGCUGAUCCUGGGGGAACUGGAGAGAGGGCAGAGCCAAUACCAGGCGCUCUGCUUCAUCACACGGCUCAACCACAAUGAGAUCAUCCCCAGCGAGUCCAUGGCCAGACUGAGACAGAAAAAUCCCCAGGCCAUCCGCACAGCGGAAGAGAAGAGAAGCACGGAGAUGCUGAGCAUGAACGUAGCGGUCAAUUUAACACGGACGUGGCAACUGAGUGCCCACAUCCACAACAUGUGCAGCGUGGCCCGGGAGGCCGUGUACACGCGCGAGGUUGAUGUCAGACACUGGCUGGACAGAGGCGCCGAGGGUUCCAUGUUCGAGCCUCAAGCAGUGGAGGUGCCAGGUCUGCAGAGCUGCGGGACAGUGAAGGACCUGUGGCAGCCUUGCUCCUGUAGCUACAACCUCAGACUGGAAUGGUACCCCUGCCUGCUAAAGUACUGUCGCAACAGGGACGUCUCCGGCAGGGGCAGCCCAUAUAAAUGUGGCAUCAAAAGCUGCAGCAAAGGCUACAAAUUUACUUACUACGUACCGCACAAACAGCUGUGCCUGUGGGAGGAAGAGACCUAGAAACACAUGCUUCUACAAAAACAUCUUUAAUGUGACCUUCACCUCCGAGCCUUCAGACUCGUGCCUACUGCACAGAGCAGUUUGACGAAGAAGUUAUGCUGGAUGGGUGUGGAUGGAGUGUGAUUUGAGCAGCCCUAGUGCUCUAAUUUUGUUUUUCCAGAACUUUGAGCUGUCGACUGUGCAUUUAAGCUGGUCAGUGGUUUUAAAGCUCUUCCAGCUCUUACCAGCACUGUGGAAUGAGUCUUUUUUGAGUAUUGACAUGCAGACCCAAGUGAGCAACCUGUGAAUUAGUCAGUGUUUAACAGGAUGUAAUCUUAAAAUUAGCUGGAUCUCGUCAGGUUGCCAAUUAUUUUUCUGAAGCUGGUAUUAUUUAUUUCGCAGUGGGAAAUGACAGAAGACACUUAAGCACAGCGCACAUGUUCAGAGAUUGUUUCUCUUUUUAACGUUUUUUUUUUUAGAUUUAAAGCACUGUAUUAAGUUAAUGGUGGACGCAGACAUGCUUUGAUUAAUUUUGGUACAGACAAAAAACGCUAUUGAGUCAUUCUCCAAUUGAUUCAAAUAGAUUCAAUCAUGUGAAUUUUCUCACCUCAAGUCUUAAUGCUGGCAACCAUUUGGGAGUGUGUGUUUUCAUCCUCAUAAGGAUGGACUUCUAAGCAUUGCACAACAACAGUACCAUUUAAGGUCCAGUUGGAUCAAUAUUAACUUAUAGUUUGAAGUAUGGAUGCAAGUUGGGAGCAGUCAACACUGCAAAGUAACAUGGAAAACCAAAGUGUAUGUUCUGAUAAAACAGAGGGAGAGAAAAAACUGAUGAAAAUCCUGCUUAGAUCGUUGUUACUGUGCAUCAACACUGCCAUCUUCUGGUUAUCCGACAUUACUGUCACUCAGGCUCCUCCUAUCAGUAUGACCUCAGUACAUCAGCAGAGCUGUGAAACCAUCACAAAUAUGGUUUUGUGUGGUAUCAAAUAUCCUAGAAGAUUCCUCCACUUCAGAAGGGACUUCAACAUUCAAUAGGACCAAAUCCACUGACUAAGCUCUAAUCAUGAAGAAGAGAAACUGUUUUUGUUUCACUACAUUCACCUCCAACUCACGACUCGCCUCUCUUACUAAGCGAAUGUUCACAUUUAACAUGCACAUUUGACUCUGUUGUAGUUCAUGGUACUAAAAUUUUUAUACUGAUUUAUUUAAUUUUUUUUUUUUUAAGUGUUAGUGUUAUGUUAAAAGUGUUUUUUGAGAUUACACCUACCCAACCGACAGCUGUUGUCUGGGAUACAAGUGCCUUGUUGAUUCAGUGUUUACUGAUUCUUUUUUGAUGCUAAAGCUGUUAUGAAUAAAGUAUCAAAACUAUUUUCCUAUAAAAUGAAUAUGGACAUAAAUAUGAAGUAAUUUUAAAUAAAAGCUCCUUCAGCAAAGUGUCAUAACCUG